AAAUCACCUAGUACUACGAUCUGUACUUCCACUUAAUCUAAUUACUUCAAGUUUCUUUAUACAGGUGUUAAAUAUUUAAUGAGGGGAUUAAAUUGAAAGCUACUUAAGAAAGGGGCGGGUCAUCUUGACCCUAUAUAAAGUCUGUGUCUUUGGGAGCUGCUCAGUUACUUGCUGAUCUCAGUUGCCUGCUGAUCUCGGUGAAGUCCAGGUGUUCUGCCCAUGAUGAAUUUGGACGGCACUGCAGGUGGUUUCCCAGCUGAACAGGAUCAUCAUAAUGAAGAAAGACAAAGAAAGAAAGAAAGAAAAACAAAACACCGACAUAAAUUUUCUGAAGAAUUAUUGCAGGAACUUAAGGAAAUAUUUGGAGAGAAUGGUUAUCCCGAUUUCACCACUAGGAAAACACUGGCCAAAAAAUUUGAUUGUCCAGUUAAUGUAAUAAACAAUUGGUUCCAGAAUAAAAGAGCCAGACUUCCACCUGCAGAAAGACACAGAAUAUUUGUUCUUCAGAAAAAGCAUGAUUUUCCAGUCCAAGCCCAUCCAUUUUUAAGCUGCCAGGAGACCCAGGCUGCAGCUCACAACUAUGCCACCAAGCAGAGCCUCUCUGGUGCCCAGAGGGCUCUGAUGAGAAGAGCUGGUUGCUCCCCUCUGGAGAAACAGAGGAUUCCCAGUCAACAGAUGGGCUACAAUUGCUUCUCUUUGGAGAACCAAGAGACUCCCAGUCAACAGGUGGGCUCCAUGUACUCUUCUCUGGAGAAACCAGGGAUUCCCAGUCAACAGAGGGGCUCCAUGUGCUCUUCUCUGGAGAAACCAGGGAUUCCCAGUCAACAGGUGGCCUCCCAGAGCUCCUAUCUGGUCACAGGCACUGUAAAGCAUCCAGGUUGUGCUAUGGAGUAUGGAGGUCACACAGGAAGUGACCAUUCUGGAAGUGGGUAUUCUACCGCCUACCAUUUUCUCAGCUACAACUCUGCAGAAUGCCUUCAUCCUCCCCCAUCUUCUAUGCCAUAUUUUCACGGAGAAAGGACUGAAACCAGGCAAAGCCAGCACGCAAGUCCCUUCCUUUUGGAUUACGCUCAAGAUGCAUAUGGGGUGAAGAAAGACCAUUGUCAUUGCUCAUUCUGUCUCUCACUGCUGCAAGAACAGCAGCAGAAUGAUUGGCAGUAUCACCUGCAGCAGCACCAACAGCCUCAGAAUUACUUAGAGGGGAUGAUGUUCCAGGAACAGCUCCCGAUGGACUUGGAUCCUUGGGAUCUAGGGAAGCAGUGGCCCUCAGUUCAGUCACAGCUGCAGAGUCAACUGCCUCAGAAUAAUGGAAAGCCCUUGUGCUCUCAACUGCAGCACAUGUGUCUCCAAAUGGCUGCCGACUCACCCCUGCUGCCUCUGGGGCAAGAUAUGCAGGAAAGGGCUUCAGAGCAACCCAGGACCCAAAUGCAGCAACUUUAAGUUGAGGAGUGGACAAGGGUCUGCAGCAGGGAACCAAGGAUACAGCUCUGCAAAGUAGUGCCAAGUGUCAGAGAACCACAGUCGCGGGUCAGG